GACACAAUCAAUGUCUAAAAUUAUUAAUGAGGACAGAAAAAAGAAUAAAAAGGAGCAUCCAAAACCUAUAGGCUCUUCCCUUGCUACAGAUAUAGAAAAUCAGCAACUUUUUCAAGCGUUAGGCGAUAAUCGUGUUUCUAUGAUGGCUGGUGUUGCUCAGUUAUUAAAUGCCCUUCCGGACUGUCCCGAUGUUUGGAGGAAAGUUGAGGAGGGAUUGGCGGUCUUGACAAAAGAUUAUGCUAAAAAACAUUACUCACUGUGUUUGUAUGACAUUUUGAAUCAGAAAAUUGUUUGGGAACAAGCCUUGUAA